GAAAGAAAAGUGCUUCCACGGACCAUUACUGAGAGUGUUAUUGUGCCUUUGUAAUGAUACUGUCUGCCCCUUUCGAUCAGAUAGGUGCCCGAAAAAAUCAUCAAAACCAAACCCAAGACCAACAGGAGAGAUAGAGAGGUAAAAUUCAAGCAAAAGACCAAAGCAAGGAUAAAAAUCAAAGCUUGUUGUCAAGAUAUGGAGCAAGAAGAACAAGAAACCCCAACACCAAGAUCACCGAGAACGCCGAGGGCAUCAUCAACAGCGUAUAGUUUGGUGCUUGCAAUCAUGAGCAAAAGGAGAACAUGGGUAUGUCUUUUUGUUAUAGUAUAUGCAAUCUUGUUAUCAUCCUCAUGGAACUGGCUCAAAACCAUACUUUCUUGGUACAAACAACAAGAAUCGCAAAACUCUGCAUCCGGGUGGCCUGCUUUGUAUGCGUCAGUGCUUCUUGGCGCAGUCUUCGGACUUCUUUCAAUGGUUGCAGCUCUCGCUGUGGCUGUGCCUGCCACUUUGGUUAUAUGGAUCACGGUUGUGGUUAUGUUAACUUUCUUCGGGAAGCCAAGGAGGGUUUUGGUGGUUGAAGGAAGAAAGAUUACAAAAGAGAUUGUUGGGUUUGUGUUCAAGACUUUGUUGAAAGAAGGGAAUGCUGUGGCUGCUGUUUGUGCUGUUUUGGGAUACUUUGUUAUUUUCAGAAGGAAUUGUGAGGUUGAUUGAGUGAGUCUUGCUGAUGGGUUCUUGGCUUUGGGACAUGGAGAUGGAAAUUGGGAAAGUGGAUGUAUUUUUUAUCUUCUUGUUUCUUGGCUUUAGAAGAUAGGGUUGUGAAGAAAACGGAAAGCUUAUUUGUAAUGGCUCUACUUUUUUCCUAAUUUUAUUGUAUGUUAUUUCUAAUUAAUGUGAUUAUUAAUCUACUGA